AUGUCAAAGCAACUUAAUUUCUUUAAGAAGGUGGUGCAGGAUGGCUUGGAAAAUAAUGAUUUUUUGGCAUUAUGGGAACUUCUGGAGUCCUGGACUUCUCAAAAUGAUUGGAUGGCAAUAUUCUUUAUAAUUUUGCUAGGAAUUAUCUUUGAGAUCACACUCUUAAAGAUUUGUACAUACCUGCAGAAGAACCCUGCCCUUCCAGAGAAGAGUGGUUCAAAUGCAAAGGAAGCUUGUAUUCCCGUGGAGGAGACAUACAUAAAGGAUGACUGCCUUAUAGUACGCAUUGGUGAGUUUUCAGAAGGAAUAGUUACUUCGUCACUUACAUCUGAUGAAAAUGAAGGUCACUUUGAAGAUAGAGCUUCAUCAGCAAAUGAAAUAAUAUGGGCAGGUACCAGUGAAAGUAACUAUCAAGUAAGUUACUUUAUUGAAAGUCAGAUGUCAUCUUCUGAUGGGACUAGGUCGUCUUUGUCACUGUUUCAUUCAGAAGUAAAGAAAAUUUUUCUAAGCCAUAGAGGGUAUCCAGAAAAUGAACAUGAAACAACGCAAUUUUCAUCAAAGAAAUUAUUUUCAGUAAUGAAAAACAAAAAUAAAAAUGUAAUGUUUUCUUCUGAGUUUAACUCUUCGAGAACUUCUGGAGUCACUACAGAAAGUGAAGAUCUAGAUGUGACACCAUGCCCUCCUGCCCACUUAUUUCUUUCUAGAGACCAAGUCAGACUUCUGGAAGAAAAUGUGAGAAGUCAAAUUCUUUUAAAAUCCAAAGCUACAUUAGAGAGUAAAACUACCUGUCUGUACUCAAGCCCUCAAGAGUUCUUGAUUAAGGAUCAACAUUCUAUUAAAAUGGGUAUUUCUGCCCAAGCACAAGAUUCUUUUCCAAGACAAAAUGCUAUUCGGAAGCAAGGUUUUUACAAAGCCCAAUUUACUAGUCAAGCCCAACAAUUUGUUAACAACCAAGACUCAAUCAACAGCCAGCCUGAUAUCAAGGCCAGACACUUUGCUCUGCCUCAAGAGCUGAUGAAGACACCAUUUUCCAGCAAUACACAGGAUGCCUUCCAGACCCAAGAGACGGACAGGAGCCGACAUUUGGCCAAAGUCCCACAUUCUGUUCAGACUCAAGAUUCAGUCAAGGGCCUAGAGUCAAAUAAAAAACACUUCGAUGAGGUCCAAUAUUCUGUUUGGUUUGAAGAUUCAAACAGGAUUAAAUAUGCAAUCCAGAGGCAAAAUACUAUUUUUAAGAAUGCCAGAUGCCUAGUUUUAACUCUCAAUCCACAUUCAAUGGCUAAAUUGAUGCCACAGCGAAAAAGGGCCAAGCCAAAGGGCCAGAAGCAAAUUGCUUGGAAAUGUAAGCAGUACACUGUAGGCGGCUCAGUGCCUCUUUUGCCUACAAUUAAAAGGCAGAAAAAAAGAAGAAAAGCAUUACACAGUGAAAGGAAAUCAAGUCCCAAAAUUACAUCUCAAAAAUCAGAGAAAACACCAACUUCACAGGUAUUUCAAAUCAAAGAAUGUUACACUUCAAGACAUAGCAAGUCCAAAUGCAAGUACAACACUAAGAAGAGAGAAUUGCAUCAAAGGAGAGGCAUAUCAGAUAUAGCUUCGCAUCUUACUGAUGCUUCCAAGCAUGUUCCUCCUUAUAUUAAGAAGUAUUCCAGAAAAAAACGAGUGACAAUCAUGACAGGUUUAACAGGUUGUAGACCUUUUCUGCUGAUGCAAAGUAAACCACCAGAUGCAGAGAAAGUCAAUCACACAGGGUCUACUAAGAAAAGAAGACCCUCAGGCAGUACUAAAAAUGUAAAGCUGUGUGAAAGAGACAAUGAAGGACUAAAAAACGUUUCACGAACAACUCUACCUCAGCCAGGACAGUGUUUCACUAUCAAUACCUGUCAACUAAAAACACCUUGUUCUUCGUUAAUAGAAACAAACUGGAAGAAUCAAGAGUCUCUUAAGGACUCAAUUGCACAAGCCAAAGAAACUGGUAUUGCAGAGUUUCAUGGCCCGAAUAGUAAAAAAAAGCUUGAUCUGUAUGUUCUAAAACAUGAGACACCUUUGGAAGAAGCCAUUUCAGAACCUUUGCAGCAAUCUGUUUCCUCUCCCCAAAUGGAAUCGAAAGGAAGAAUGAGAACAUGGGAGGCCCUGAAAUGUACAGAGCAUUCGCAUCUUCCACUUUCAAAUGGAGAGAAUUUACCAACUACUGCACCAGAAAUGCAAAGAUGCUUUCCAAAGGCAUGUAGACAAAAACAGAAAGAUUUUCCAGAAGUUGUUCUGAAGUCUUCAGAGGUCAAUUUGCACAUUUCACAAGGAACCCAAAAGCAUGAAAGCACUGAACAAUUAGCAGGUGUGGAAAAUCAAGAGAGAACAGAAGAUGUACUUUUGAAGGGAAAGAAACCAUUCACACUUACCAUUACAGAAUAUGGUAACCUCAGUGAGAGUGAGGGACUGGGAUGUAACACUGGCAGCAACACGAAAAACGUUCAAGGGAAAAGAACACCUGAGGCAUUUCACGACGCCGCUGCCACUACCCUUCCUGCACCUCCUGAUGCGGAAGUGCGGAGCAGAUUAAAAGUUAGAGCAGAUACAUCGAGAACAGGGCUUCAUCAUCCACUGGGAAAGCAAGAGAAAUCACCGGAAGAAAAGAAAAUACGGAACGCAGAAUACCUUGAAAAGAGGUGUGUAUUGAAAGAGCCCCAAGACCGUGACAGAGAGGAAGAGGAAGAAACUCUGCAGGAAGCGUUUCCACAGCUGACACAGGAUUUCAGGUUCAGCCUGCAACUAAAGCAAAAGUUCAAAUAUGUCCAAUUUGAAAUCGAAAAGAGCAGUUUAGGAAGUAGGAAAACUCAAAAUGAAGAGCAAGAGGCACAAUCACACAUUCUUUCUACAGAAACAAAUUUGGGGACUAGUCCAUGCCCCACGAUGGGUCCAUUUCAAGAUGAGAAGAUGAAGCAAAGCACAGACGGACCUACGGGCAGAGAAACUGAAGAUCCCCAGAAUCCUCUUCGAGUAUCGAGGAACUUACCAGGUUCUGUAGUCACCCAGGGGUCUUUCACUGUCCACAUACUUCCUUUGUCAUAUUUUAAAAGGCAGGAAGUCAGAAAUCAAUUACCACGAACAAAAAGGGCACUCAGUUCCAGAUGUGUUAACAUGAAAGUAAAAAAACCAGUAACUUUACUCAUGCCUUAUAUUUAUGGACGUGGAAAUCCAAGUCAUAGAAAAAUAUUGAGAGGCUGUUUUAAAAUCAUAAUUAAACAGAUGACGCAAGGUAAUACUGUGGCGCAUGUGCUCCUGAAUGCUUGUUACCCUCACGUGACUGUUCUGCCUCGUAUUAGAAUGCCCAGCAUAUUAAAUGCAGAGAAUCACAGACAUAUUAAGCCAAAACAAGAAAAAUCACAAGUUGCAAGGGAAGAAAAGUGUUUAGAUUCCAUUACUAAUGGCAGUAACUAUGGAAACACACUGGAAGCUCAAUUGCAAGAUGAAGUGGGAGGGGACAAAGCAGCUCAAGCACAAGAAGUCCUUCCCGAGAGCUGGGACCUCAGACGGGGUGCACAUCCAGAGAAGGGGCUGAAAACAGAAGAAAUGCACCAGCCAGUCAUACCUGCAGAAAUCAUUAUGGAGCCUAUUCAUUCCCCCGUCAUGGAUUCGUCGCAUGCUGAGAAUAUGAAGGAAAAGCUACCACCGCGAACAGUUUUAAAAUGCACUGCAGAUUCUGAGUCGCCGCCUCCAACACCAGAAAAACCACUGACUGGAGACCCUUCAAGCCAAACAAGAGAAAGUGAUGCUCACACUUAUGGAAGUGAUGCAAGGGAGAGGGGUCACUGUCUUGUAGAAACAAAAGGAGAUUUACCAGCCACUUUCCCAGAGACUUUCAAUUGCCACACGCCCAUUGUAACUCCUCCUAAAGAGAGGAAAAACAGAGUAAGAUUCUCACAAGGAGACUGUACAGUGCAGCCCAGGUCUGUACAUAUGAAGGCAAUAAAACCGUCAACUUCACAAAAAUUUAAAAUUGCAGGUCAUAGAAAUAAACUGGACUCCAACUUUAAGACCAAGUUGGAAAAGAUCAGCCAAGCUAGUGGACUGGUACAUGAGUUCCUAAAUGCCCUUUACUCUACCACACACAGCGGAUCACAAGGAGAGACGAACGGCUUCUGUCAGGCUCAGGCUGAGCAGGGGGAUCGAGCAGGUGAAGGGAGACGGCCCUGUGUGCAUUUCUUUGACAGGAGGGGUGCAUUCUGCGACAAAGGGCAAGAUGCAGAGGCAGUGGAGCACAAGACUUUGCUAGAAGCAGCUCCGCAGUGUACCCAGUACCUCUGGCCUGAUGCGUGUCAAACAAAGGAGACCCAGCUUGGCACACCAGACCCAGCCCUGGACCGUGGUGUCCCAUCGGAUGCAGACCCUCAGAAGGAACAGGCUGGUGGUGCUGAACAGAAGGAGCCAGGGGCUUUUGGUGUCUGUGUGCCUGCUUUACGUACAUCAAAAAAGAAGAGACAUGUCAAACAAUAUUCAGACAUGAAAACUUUAGUGAGUCCCAAAUAUAGAAUUUUAAAAGCAAAGAAACCAUCAAUUUCAUUCAUGCUGAAUAUCAAGGGUGGUGCCAACCCAAACCGUAGAAAAGAAUUGGGAUGCAACUCCACAGCCAAAAUGAGAGAGGUGGGUCAAGGUGAAAAAGUGGCAGAUAAAAUGUACUCCUUCAAGACUAUCACGCCUGACAUUAAUAUGUACAGCAAGACAGAAAGAGAAAAAGAUACAUUAGGAGAAAAAACACCACGCUCCAAACCAGUAAAGCAACUGAUACUAUCCCAUGAAGGGAGUAUUAGUUCAGGUCACACCAAGGAGAGCAGCCUUCAAGGUAAGGAGGAAGAAGAAAGUGAACGGGAGACAGUAAAAGUAAUUCUUCCGCACAGCCAACAUUUCCUACUCUGUUCAGGCCAAAGGGAGGAGCUUGACCUUCACAAAUCAGAAAGCCCAGGAAGUGGGGAAAUUCUGUCUCUUAGAGAGCAAGACUUCCCCCAACUAAUGCAGCCUGCAGAUCCAGAGCAGGUGGAGAGGCUGAAGAAAAGCCACCAGACACAAAAAGGCACAACAUACACAGCGGGUUCAAAGCUCCCUCUUCUCAAGUCAAAGGAAUCACUGACCCGUCAAGUUUUAACUGACACAGUGAAACGUGUCCCACGUGAUGGAAGUCAGAUGUGGGAACUGGACAGUCACAGUGAAGAGGGAAGGGCAGGGUUUAAAAAGGACCUACAAGCAACUGUCCUGGGGUCUUUGGAUGUCUCCACACCUGGGCUACCUGAGUCUAAAAGGCAGAGAAAGACAUUUACCUGCAGAGCCUUAAAAAGUAAAAUGAGUGGCAAAUGUGUAGUCAUGAAGGCGAGGAAGGCACCGACUUCACAGACCUUUAAUACCCCGGGGAAUGGUUGUCUAAAAAAUCUAUCUCCAAUGACCCUGAAAUCACAGAUUAUUGACUUUUUAGUGUAUAUAAUAUGCUCUGGGAAACUGGGAGAUCUUACUAUAAAGAAAAAGGAAGAAUUGGCCCAAGAAUUACCAGCAAUGAAUCUGGAUUUAUCUACACCUGCUUUACCUGUGACAAAAAGAAACAAGCUAGAACUUAGAGACAAGAAAAAUAAAAUGAGUGCCAAAUGUGUAACUCUGAAGGCAAAGAAGGCACUGGUUUCUCAGAUAUUUAAUAUCACAAAAUGUACAUGCCUCAGCAGGAAAUUGAAAUGCAACUUGAAAACCAUGAUAAAACCAGGUCCCCCUGGGGCAGAUAUAAUCCUAAAUGCCCUUUUCUCUCCCACGCCUGUUUCUUUUGCUAUGAACAUGUAUAACGGAAAGAAAGUAGAGACAGACAUGCCGUGGAAAACAAGAUUUAGUCACAAACAGCGAAAGCAGUCACUAGCGGGGGAGAACACCCAGUGGGCUGAUUGCAGGGAUGGGCGGGCCAGGGCCUUGGGGGACGCGAAGGACGUCAAAGACGAAGGUGGAGAAGCAGCCUCACUGCAUUCUCAACACUUGAGUUUCAAUGCUCAUGACGUGACAGAGGCUCCCUUUGUGAAAUCGGGUCUAGAACUGAAGAAUCCCACAAGGAAAAGAGGUCCAGAAUCAGUCACUACAGCUCAGGAGCUGCCGCAACAAGCACCUCCCAUGCAAUGUGGGUCCCACCAGAGCUACACAGAGUUUGUUGGCAAGGAAAGUAUGUGUCCCAAGCACGUAACUUUGAAGGAAAAGAAACUACUAAUUUCGCAGUUGCUUAAUGGCAAAAGAAGUCUUACAGGAAGCCCUGACAAGAAAUGUAAGCAGUGCAAAUUCAAGCAGAGGACAAAAGAGAGGCAAUGGGAAGAGAGUGUGGCAAAGGCAUUCAUCUGUGCCGCCAAGGGAGUUGGGAUUCCACCACCCAAACUGAUGAGUGAAAAACACCCAUUCAGUACAGUAGCAAGGGGUGUUCUAUAUAACAGAACACAUCACAAAGAUCUGAAUGGUCUUAUUACAGAGGAAAAGGCAGGGCUAGAGGAAAUCUUGGCCGCCACUUCCAUGGGGUCUUUAGAUUUCUUCAUGCCCGUUGUAUCUGACUCCGAAAGCCAGAUAAACACAGUGCACUUAUCAGAAAAGAAAAUCAUACUGAAUCCCAAACAUUUAACUCUGAAGAAAAAGGAGCCACCGGUUUCACAGAUACCCAAACUCAAUCGGCAGCUUACCAUAAGACAAAGGGGAGAGCUUGGAUCCCAUUUCAAAACCAAAAUGAAAGGGUUGCAGCAAGGAAAACAUGUAGCCGAUACAUUUCCAAAGACCAUUUCCUCCCCAUGGGAUGCCGCUGACACUGAAAGCAGAUUCAAAACAGAGACAGACAGAGUAUCAAGGUCUCGUCAUGUGCAACCCCCACAGACGGGGUUGCCAGCUGGGGGGCCGGUGAGCGUACAGUCCCUUAGUGCCCCAGGUCAUGCUGCUUUCAGCAUUAAUGAGGAACAGGAAGAGAAGAGAGACGGAGAGAGAGAGGAAACUGUAUUAAAUGCAGACCUACAGUCUGUACACACCUCCAUGCUUGUUCCGCCACACACGGGGAUGGAUCGGUCACCUGGUACCUGGGGCAACCACAAAGACUCUUCUGAAAAGAGAAACAUCCUAAAUAAAGUAAAAGUCAUGGAGAAACAAAAAUACGAACAGUAUGUUUUGUUUAGAACAGCUCCACGGUAUACCCAGGCAUCUGAGUUUGGAGCAUGUCGCAUGAGGGAGUCAGGUCCUGCAGAAUCACAAGCACCCUUAAUCAAUACAGUGUGCCCCAUGGACACCACUCCUCAGAAAACGGACAUCGAUUUAAUAGAUCAAGAAACAAACAUAAAAGUUGUAGAACAUCUUAGUCUGGAGUGUGUUUCUUUCUCUAAGACACAUCUACUUGAGAUUGAAAAGCAGCAGGAAGAAUUUAAAACUGCAAACUGGGAAAUAAUAGCAAAUCCCAAGAUUCAUACUGCAAAGGCAGAGAAAUCAUUAACUGAUGUGUCUCCUAUUAAUACAAUAGAGUGUGAGGAUUCAUUACAGCAAAGAGAAAGAAUGGAGCUCACAGGGCUAGAACACCUUGCGCUGCAUGACAAACAGCCAGAACCAUGUGUCUCAGGAACUCUCUGGAGUGCGCCUUAUGCCCACACACCUGUGUAUCCUAAAACCAUAAAACAUAAAGCUAAGGCAGAAACAGCUGAUGUGAAAAACACUAUGCAUACCGAACAGGUAAAAUUGAAGGCCCAGGAACUACCUGCAUCCCACCUGUUUAAAACUAUAGGGUAUGGAACCAGAAGCAACACAAAGAAACUGAGAAGUAACGUCAAGAGCCGGAAGGAAGAGUUCAAGGAAGGAAAAACUGCAGCAGAUUUAGCUCUGAACACUAUUUGUGAGUCUAGAUAUAGUCAGUCUCCAGUUAAAGAGUUUAUAGAAAUAAAAAGGGAGAAAGACAAGCCAAGAGAGCGCAUCUGCAUUCCUGCACAGGUAAAGCUGGAGAAAGCAUUAAACAGGAGAAAUAGACCACCUUUACAGUUCAAUGAUAAGAGUGCUACAUCAAGAAAUCCUAAAAAGCUGAAACAGUGUGUUAGAGAGCAAAAAGAAAAACGCCAGAUUGUCUUACAAGACAUUGUCCUACAAUGGAGAGAUCAGGUGGUGAUUAGCCAACCAGUGAAGGAGGAGGACAACCACAUCAAAUUAGUAGUCAAUUUGGAAAGAGAAGCAUAUCCUGAUCUAUUUCCAUGGAAGAGGAAAGCCAGUUACAGCAGGUUGGACAACCCAAGAAUCAGAAUACUUACAGACUGUAAAUUCCUUAUUGCACAAAGAGUACAGGAAGGAGAUGCAGACAUUGUUCCACAGGGAAGAGAAGUAUCAGAGAAAACUGAUAUUUCAUUACAUGCAAAAGAACAGAAUAUGUUUCUUGCAGAGUUGGAUGCUUCUCAACAGAAGACUUGUGAGGAGCAAGAAUUGCCGAAACGAGGAAGUAUUUCAAUGACAAAUCAGGGGUCCAUGUCCUGCCCCAAGACGACACCACCUCCUCUUGGAAACAUUGUACAGGUUACUGAGGAAGAUACGUACGUUAAUAGAGAGAACAUUCCACAGCUACUGAGAAGGAAAAAAUUAAAACCUGAUAUUUUACAAGGUUCCAAAGGACAGAAAUAUCUUUAUACAAAUCUAGAGAUCCAGCAAAAUAUAUCAGCAGUGCGUAAAGGAGAGAUGAGACCAAAUCACAUUCCUGAGCGCAUUCUGGAUUCUACAUCUUGUCCCAGGAGGGGACCUCUUCAUGCCCAAGAGGCAGUAAAUACAAGAAAGAAAGAAAACAUUAGCAUCCCUGUAAGUGUAAAUGUAAAUCAUUGGGGGAAAGAGGAAUCAAAAUUAACUGAUAAUCAGUUAAAAGCAAAUGGACAGAAAGUGAACCUUUCAAAAAAAUUGAGGGCAAAACAGGUACACAGUUCUAACCAGAAUGAAGAAAGUAUUCUGGGAGUCAUUUCCUCUUGCAUAGUACAUCAUCUCAACAUUGAACAGCUAAAGAAAAAAGGCUCAAUACAAGGAAUGAGUUCUAAAUUUUUGAGUCAAAUGGUGGAGAAAGCAUCAAACAAAGCAGAUUUUCCAGGAGACCCACCUCCAUGCUCCAUGAGAGUUAAUUUGCAUACUAGUGGAAGAAAAAAGUACCAGAAAGAAAGUACAGGCAAGGGUCUUCCAACAUCUGUUUCUCGUUCUCCAAUGGCUGUACUGAAGAUUACAUUGCCGUGCGUAGGGAAAUCACGAAAGGCAGCAGAGAGGCCAAAGUACCACACUUCAAAUAUGGAAGGAAGUGGCUUGCCUAUUGAAGAAAAAACAGAGCGACUGGAAUGUAUACCCCAGAUUCUUCCAAACCCUAAUUCUAACCCUUUGAGGGAUAGAUUUCAAAGUAAGAUGCCAAGUAGAAAGAAGUCAUCAGAGGAAGCAGUGAGCACUGUGGAUUGCACUCCACAUGCAGAAGGAAUUGGCUCGCUUUUGACAGGAAAGGAAGAACAGCAAGAAAAAUGUGCAUAUGAGGCUCUUCCAAAACCUGCAUCUCACUCCAGAACAGGUCUACAUGAAAUGAAUACCCCAGGACAACAAGUGAAAUUAGACACAAAUGUGAUGCACUGUGAAUAUUCAACUCCACAGGCUGCAGAACCAUUAAAAGGAAUGGAUGUCAUAUCUGAAUAUACUCAAAAAAGUAAAACAAGACAAAACUUACUCAGUAUGGAACAAAACAAGCAACACCUAUUGAUUCCUCACAAGAAUUUUCUGGAGCAUAUAUUUUACCCUCCCAGUGAUCCCCAGCUCCUACAACAUGUCACGCCUCAGACAAAGAAAGCAUUGCCAGAAGUAGGGAAUAUCUCAAACAGGACAAAAGGCCUAGACUUGUUUCCUAAAGAUCAACCGAAUACUGUAAGUGAGGAUGGACCAGAGUGGACUGUGCCCUCAGUUCCUCUGAGGCACAAGAAAAACCAAAAUACAAUGUUGCCUUUAGGAUCUUGCAGUAAAACUAUAAAACAUCUGACUGCUUCGUUUCCAGAAGGAAGUACAUCAUCAAAUGAGGCACAGGUAAUUCAUUUGCUGUCAAACAGUAGCUCCCACAAGCUAAGAGUCAGGAGGAAGGUGGGAGGUACGGCAUAUCAAAGGGUACAGGGAACGUGUCUGCCUGGAAUAUUUUUACAUUCUGUUUCUACCUGCAUGCCUAUUUUGCCUGGAACUAAAAGACAGGAGGAUAGCAUAAAACAAGGAGUUACGAAAGGCAUCAUGUACCCCCUAAGAACUCUGAAGUUGAAGGAAUCAGUAUUUUCAAAUGCACUCAAUAGCACGGACCACGUCAUCCCAAGCAGCAGACCAGCACUGCAGUGGGGCAUCAACGAGAAGACGGUAAAUGUGAGACAUAGGAAGGGUCAACCAGAUAUGGUCGUGACAAAUCCAUGUGAGUUCAUCCCUCCUUUACCUCACCUCAAACUGAGUAAAGAGACAACUGAUGGGAUUAUCUCAAAUAAUAUAAAAACAAUAAAACAAUGUAUGUCACAGAGAAAGGAGGAUAGAAUAAAAGAAGGCAGUAGGAGAGAAAUAAUGGAUCCCAACGUUAUUUUGAAGGCAGAGAAGCCAUCAGUGUCUCAUAUACUCAAUAGAACGGAAUUGCCCAUGCUGCUGAACACUUUAAAACAAGAGUGCAAGGCACAGACAGGUAAAGGCGAAUCAGGUGUGAAAACAACAAACUUGUGCACUUUCUUAUCACCUCUAUCACAUCCUAACUUGGAUUUAAGAAUUAAAGUAGGAAAAGGUAAGUCUGGAAUACCAAGGAGCUGCCUUCUACCCCCAAAGCUCCAAGCAUCCGCAAACGUCAGGAAAACAUCAUUUGCAGAGUCAAUGAAUAGAGACAACUUAAGCAAUGUAAUAGGAUCAAAACAAUACUUGCCGCAGAAAAAAAGGGAAGUUAGAGGACAUACAGUAUAUGUGAAGGACAAAAUGGAUCUCCAACAUAUCAAUCCUAAAGGAAAGAAAACAUCUAUUAAACCCACACUGCUUGGAAAAGAAUCACAGUGGAACACUAAAGAACAAGAGAAAAGGAUGCAGAAAGAGAAAAGUGAUGUGGGAAGAGUGCAGAGGAAAUCCCAUGCUUCCACUCCUCCUUCACCUCACGUGGAAGGCGGUCCUGGAGUAGAAGAGGAGAUACAUAUACAAGGAAUAAUGGGAUUCUGUCUUCCAUCAUUGACACUCCGGGAAUUAGCAGAUGAAAUGGGAACAGGGAAGGAGCCAAUUGAUGAUAUUUUAAGCAGUAUUAGAAAGGCAAAACAUCUGCCACAGCAAGAUGGAGACAGAGUGCCAAUGGCCUUGGAAGAAAUAAGGCAUCCCAAGAGAAGAGCUGCUUCGAAGGCUGGGCGGCCUGUAACUGCACAGGGAUCACAGCUGAACGUCAGAGACAGAAACAACCAGGCGCAGGAAGAUGAACGAGUCGUGAUUCAGAGCAAAUCUUGUGCUUCCAUCUCUUUCCCCCCUUACUCUGAAGUGCAGACAAGAAGAAAAGGAGAGGCCAUGCUCAUAAAAACAAGGUCCUCUUUCCUACAACUGGAACUCCACGAGUCCUCAGACACAGGAAAAAGGGCAUAUAAGAAGCUUAUUUACUAUGAUAUGUCAAAUAGUGUGAAAAAAGCCAAAGAACAUAUAGUGCAGGAGAAAGAGGAGAGAGUAAAAAUGGCAAAAGUCACACCUUUGAAGAAAAAAGAAUCACCAAUUUUAUGGGAAAUCCAGUUGGACAGCAAAGAGCAAGAGAAAAAGAUCCAAAAAUUUAAAGGUGAACCGAGUGUGGUUCUGACCAAUACCAGCACUUCCAUGCCACCUCCUUCUCAUUUAAAAUGGGAAACAAGAAUAAAGAGAACAGACCAUGUAACUAAAAUAACAAGAGACUCUCUUCCAGAGCUAUCACCUCAGCGAUCAGACUCAGUGAAAAAAACAAACAAUAAGUGCACUGAGGGGGGCGGCACAGGUGAUGCACAAGAAGCAGGAGAGGACAUGCCACAGGGAGAGGAGGGUAAUGGCAAGACAGCAGCCGGGAGAGCCGCACUGCAUCCAAGAGAUAAAGAUGUGAAAGGAAAGAACGUGCUCCCACAGGCCACCCCGCUGAAUCUGAAAGAGGGGGGGACAGCAGGCCCAGAAGGUGACCGUCAGGGGGAAAUGGACCCAAAGGGUAAAGGACAGGGGACAGAGAAUGGAGAAGGCAGAGGUGAGCAGGAGGCAGUUCUGCCCACGGAGCGGCCUUCUGAAUUUUCUCUAGCUCAUCAUGAAUCAGAAGCAGAAGGGAAAGAAGAUACGCAAAGAGGAACAGGACCUGCUACUUCACAGCCACGGCUCCAGACAUCAGUGGAUGCAGGGCAACUAGCAGAGCCACAGGCAGUUAGGGAUGACAUGAAAGCCGUACAAGAGUACGAGCCACAGGAAGGAGAAGAGAGAGGAAACACAGCGCAUAUGAAAUGUGUCCCACACCCCAGAGGCACAGCUUCCAAGGCAGAGACAUCACCACCUCCUCCUGUGUCCAGUGUUGCCAAGCCCAGGGCUCUGAGCAAGAAAAAGGAAGCACAAUGGAGCUUUAAGGAGAAAGUAGAACAGAAACGGGGAAGAAUAGGAGAGCCGGACGUGGCUCUGACAAAAACUCCUUCCGCCCCUUCUCCGUCUCACCACAGAGUGGAUACAGGGACCCAAGGAGACACAGACUUGCUUGCAGUUACAGGAUCUUCCCCUUCACAGUCACAGCCCCCUAAGUCUGCAGGUGCAGGGAAACUCGGAUAUGCAGAAUCCAAUGGAAAUACUAGCCCGUGUAAUAGAAUACUAAAAGCUAAUCCGUGUGCUAUUUCAGAAGAUAACAGGUGGAGGCUCCAUACAAGACAUCAAAAGAUGUCUCUAGAAGGCAUCAACACUAUAAAACUUAAUUUAAAACCCAAAUCCCCAGAAGAUUCGUCUCCUACCCGCUGUAUGGAGACACUGACUGUUAAUGUUUUGAGUGGCAGAAAGAAGCCCAUUACGAAGUUAGAGGGUAUGAAUGAGCUAGAAUGUGGAACAUCUCCAGCAGAGCCCUCCGAUGGCCUUGUCCUCACCCCCAACCUCCAGCAGAACCCACAGCAGCUCCAUGACCCAUCCCUGAGCGCCAUCUGCCAUUGCGGGAGCAUCGGGGUGCUUCAGAACCUCACCCCAGAGCACCUGCCAGCUUGCAUCCUCUCGAGGGACAGGAGGCCAUCCUGCUAUGUGCCCCGCUCAGGGGUAGAGCAGGCUCACCUGUUGGCAGAGGUGAUUGAGAACCCGGAGCGUGGCACAGAGCACCACCACCCGCACAGCCUCAGCUUUGCCCACAGGGCUGCCGGCCCCCUGUGCCAGCUCUUGCAAGGAGCCCCAGACAAGCUGAGCCCACCCAGGAGCUGUUGUGAGAACAACACCGAUUUUGCUCAAGAGCAGUUCUUCAAGAACAAUGGGACAGUGAGGGCCGGCAUGGGUGGGGCAAAGGAACAAGAGAGUAGUGAGAGACCGAAGCUGAAUUCACGUCCUUCCCGCGAUGGCCCUGCGUACGCGCAGUAA